AUGGCGAGCAGAAAGCUGACGGAUCAUUUGCCGAGCGAAGAAGACUCGAAACAGGCUUCAUCGGGAGCAAGGAAACUCGUUGCAAGCUUCGAAGAGGCAAAGAAUUUUGAUUGGAAUGAAAUCAUUGAAACAAACGGAAGAAAUCUGCAAUUUACUCCACACUUAUAUGAGGAACUGGAGGACGAUUUCGAGCACUGGUCUUUACCAGCAGAAAAUCCUCAGCAGGCUCCAUUGCCCAUGAAUUUAGGGCAAAUGACUUUGUCUGAGGAAGAACACACACCAGGACACGAUGGCACUGCCCCUGAGGCUUUACCAGGAGAAAAUCAAGGACAUACGCCACCGAAUACGGAUAGCUUUGUGAAUUGGCGCCUGAGACAACUCGAGCAGCAACGCCGAAAUUCCGAGCCACUACGUCCUGCACCAGUGGCUCGACAAGUACGGCCACCAGAGCGACGUUCUGCACCACCGCUACCUCCACUGCCACCACCACCAGGUCGAGUGCGAGAUCCUUUGGUGGACGUGGUCAGAUUGAGGCGCAAAAUGCAAUUAAUUAUGAUGGGAAAGGCAUCAGAGGACGUCCGGCGAGAAGCAAUCGAGAUACUGGACUCUUUGCAAAAGGCUAGUUUUUUUUGCUAUUUGUUGAAUUUUUUUUCUCUUUUUUUUUUGUAG